AUGAAAUCUUCUAUUCUUUUUACCGUCGGCAUUGCUGUCAGUGCUGCUCAGGCCAAACCGGUUAGCAAACGUGCUAUUACUGAUGCAGACAUCCUCAACUAUGCAUUGACUCUCGAACACCUUGAGGCAACUUUCUAUGCUGAGGGUCUCCAGAACUAUACCCGUGGUGAUUUUCUCAAUGCUGGAUUCGCCGACCCCUUCUACGAGAAUCUGAUGAAGGUCGCCUCUGAUGAGAAGGAACAUGUUAGCUUCCUGACUGAUGCUCUCCAAGCCGCUGGCGCCCCUGCCACUGCCGCUUGUACCUAUUCCUUCCCGGCCACUGACGUAGAGAGCUUUCUAGCCCUCGCUAAUGUCCUCGAGGGUGUGGGUGUCAGCGCGUACCUCGGAGCCGCUGCCUCUAUUGAAAGCAAGGAGUACUUGACAGACGCCGGCUCUAUCCUCACGGUCGAAGCUCGUCACAGCUCCUAUCUCCGUGCUGUUGCUGGAGAAGUUCCUUUCGCUCAACCUUUUGACAACCCCCUUGAUUUCGAUGAAGUCUACACAUUGGCGUCUCCCUUCAUUGUGUCAUGUCCUAGUGGCAAUCCUACACUACCCGUCAAAGCUUUCCCUUCUCUGACAGCUGUCACUGAUGGCACUAUCAUGACUGGUUCUAAGGUUUUCCUUGCCACUGGCCAGGGCUUUGCCACCACCGGGCCUCUUCAUGCCGCCUUUAUCACCGUCACUGGGCCCAUUUGGGCGACAGUAUCUCCUGCGGAAGGCGGCUAUUUCGUUACCAUCCCUGGUGGCAUUGCCGGUCAGAGCUAUGUGGUCUUAUCUUCCAGCAAUGAGAAAGUCUCUGAUGAAACCGUUCUUGCGGGCCCUGCGAUUCUUGAGAUUGGCGCCAAGAACGGCCGACUGUCAACCGGUUGCACUUCCAGUAGUAGCACUACUACUUCUGGUAACUCGCCCGGCCAAUCUACUGUGCCGAGCCAAUCUGGACAGGCUCUUGCCCCAAGCCAGACCAUCCAGUACGGUCACUCGGCUACUCCUAGCGCAAGCUCCCUCUUUACUGGUGCCGCUUCGAACGUUCAGCCGACUUUUAGUUUACUUGCCUUCAUCGGUGUCAUGGCUUUCUUGUAA